UCAAGGCCAGCUAGGCAGAUUAGAGGUACGCGUUGUGGCGUUGUUCUGAUGUCGUUAAGCGUGGCUCAUAGCAAAGUGGACAUCUGCGAGAUCGUUGUUGCAGAAAUUUUCAAUUGGACAUUGUUAACAUCUUUCUGUUGCGUGCCCAAGGCAGUUCUUCGCGCACAAGGCGAGUGACAGUCUUUAGGCUACGAGUAGCAACACUCGCUGGGAACGUGACCCACUUGGAAGGUUCCAGGUGGCUAUGUAGGUGCCAUCCGCUAACAUGAGCACUGCAAGUACCGAUGGCCCCUGCGAACGGCGCUACUGUUGGGUGUGUUUCGCAUCGGAAGACGAAGAGCGCGACGCAGCUUGGGUGCAGCCGUGUAAAUGCCGCGGAACUACGAAAUGGGUGCACCAGGCCUGCCUGCAGCGCUGGAUCGACGAGAAGCAGGGGGGUAACAGUGCGGCAAAAGUGGCGUGCCCGCAGUGCAGCAGCGAAUACGUGGUGGUGCUGCCCAGUCUUGGGGGCCCCGUGUACCUGCUGGACUUGGUGGAUCGGAGCGUGUACCGCGCGUGCCCGUUUGUGGCGGCGGGACUGCUCAUGGGAUCGGUGUACUGGACGGCCGUCACGUACGGCGCCGUGACAGUGAUGCAGGUGCUGGGCCAUAAGCAAGGCCUUAGUGUCAUGGAGCAAGCCGACCCGCUUUUCCUGCUUGUCGGCCUGCCAAGCAUCCCCGUAGUACUGGUGCUGGCGCGCAUGGUGCGCUGGGAGGACUACCUGCUGCGACUGUGGUGGCGGCGAUCAGCGCCGCUGGCCAAGCGGCUGCUGCUUGUUGUGCCGCCGCAGGAUCCGUUGUCGGCCACGAGGCUGCUGUGCGGCGCCUUGCUGCUGCCCACCGUUGCGAGCCUGGUUGGCCGUCUCUUCUUCGGCCGGCUGGCGCCGUCGCAGCGUAGCCUGCUGGGCGGCUUGGCCUUUGUCGCCCUCAAGGGUGCCGCAAAGAUUUACCUCAAGCGGCACCAGUAUCUACGCCAGUGCCGCCGCCGUGUGCUUAACUACGAGCAGCAACAGACGCCGCCACCAUAGGUCUGCGCGAAAACAUGGAUGCAGGGAUUCAUAGCUUUGUGUAUUUUAAAGAUGCAGCCACUUGGGUAGCGGUCGGCUUGCUUCUCAUUUUUGACACCAUCGACCAUCGAGGAAACCUUCAUUUGUGCCCUGCCAAAGGGCAUUCACUGGCAUAUUUCAGUCGACUUGGUGUUUUUUUGGGGAUGGUAACCGUUGUGCAUACAUGACAAGAACAGCCACUUCUGUGUGCUACAAAAAUAGCAAGAAAGUUGCGCUCUGGUUAAGCAGGACUCAGAAUCAAGAUUUUUUAUAGAACCAAGAGAAACAAAAGCCAUGGAAUGGUUCCGAUAACAUGAAUUUAACCUGUGGAUGUUUCAAAUAAAAUACGAAAUAUGCA